AUGACCAUUCCGAACCCUAUUUUUCCGUCCGCGUCGCGGGCCGAUGUGAGAAGUCGGUACCAGCUGGGGCGGGAGCUGGGCAAAGGCGGUGGCGGCGUGCGUUCCUUCCCCGUACCCCCCCCCCGUUCCCCGUCCUUACCCUACGCUCCAAUUCUCUGCUCUUCCCCGCGUUCACCCGUGCGCGCAACUGCUGCUCCCCUCGCGUCCGCCACGCGCGCUCACCACCGUCCGCGCGCGCAGCGCAAGGAGGCGCGGGAGGAGCUGCAAGGGGAGGUGGCGGCGAUGCGGCGCGUGGGGGGGCACGCGCACGUGGUGGCGCUGCGCGCGCUGUUCGAGGACGCGGAGAGCGUGCACCUGGUGAUGGACCUCUGCGCGCACGGCGACCUCUACGACUACCUCAUCGCGCGCACCACGCUGCCCGAGCCGCUCGCCGCUGACGUCACCAGGCAGAUCCUACUAGCCCUACACCACUGCCAUGCGUCGGGCGUGGUGCACCGCGACAUCAAGCCCGAGAACAUCCUGCUCGCCGCCAAGGACGAAGCUGCGGGGAAGCUGCACCUGAAGCUGGCAGACUUUGGCUUAGCAGUGAUGCUACGUGCCGGGCAGCAAGCGGUGGGCAUGUACGGCAGCGCGGUGUACAUGUCUCCGGAGGUCGUGUGCCGCCGCCCCUAUGGGCCCGCUGUGGACCUCUGGGGGCUGGGCGUCAUCCUCUACACCGCUCUCUCAGGCUACAUGCCGUUUUGGGGCAGCACGGACGAGCAGCUCUUCUUCCGCAUUCUGCGCAACCAGCCCGACUUCUCCAUCGCGCCCUGGCCCUCCGUCGCCCCCGCCGCCAUCGACCUCGGCGGUGUGGAGGGCGGCAGGGAGGGGAAGAGAGAGGGGGAGCGUGUGAAAGCAGCAGCAGAGGCAGGCGGGGGUGCGGCCGUGGGGAGAGGAAUGGAGGGGGUUGGCAGUGGGAGGGGCGGUGUGGCGGGUGGUGCAGCAGCAGCAGCAGGUGGGAGCAGAGACACGGAGAUGGGUGGUGUGGAGCCGCAGCGCACCUCAUGGGAUGGUGCUGCAGGCAGUGCCAGUGGGGCAGCGGCUGUCGGAGGAAAGGAGAGCGGCUGGCAGCAGGGCAAGCAGGAGCAGCAAGGAGAGGCGGGUGGGAGGCAAGAGCAAGGGGCUGGGGCAGCGGCACAUGGGAGCAUGGAUGUGGACUCACAACAGGGGGCGAGCACGGCACAGCAGGGGCAGAGCACGGCACAGCAGGGGCAGAGCACGGCACAGCAGGGUGGGCGGCAAAAGCAGCCCAAGGCACCGGCCAUCCAGCUGCCUGUGUUGGCGUCCUUCACGGGCCCCGCGUCGCCCCUCUUCUCCUCGCCCACUAGCACCCGCUCUGCUGCUGGCGGCGGUGUGUUCCUCUUCACUGCUCGCCCUGCCAGUGGCAGCACCAGCCAUGCAGGCUCGGGUGGGGGCAUGUGGGAGAGGGAGAGCAGCAAGGCGAAGCACAAGGAGCAGCAGCGGCAGCAGGUGCAGCGCCACUCACAUGCACACAAGCAGCAGGAGCAGCAGCGAGGUGCAGCAGCAGCAGCAGGCAGCAAGGACGGCCACAAGGAAGGCCCUCCGAAAGCACCCGUGGAAGCAGCAGAGCACAAGGCGCGGCGGUCGUCGCACUUCCGGUUCUUCUCCCCCAAACGCAAGGCUCGUCGCUCCCAUGUCGUCGUCUCCACCACCCCGCUCCCUGCCCCUCCACCCCCUCCCCUCUCGUCCCCGUCCCCAUCCCAAUCCCCUCUGGGCGUGUCUGAGCCCCCCGCCCAGGCCACACCCCCUGCGUCCUCCUCGUCCACUGCCCCCAUGGCCUCCAUCACCGUCCCCCUCGUGCGCCGCCACCCCCCCUCCUCUGCCGCUGCGUCCCCCACUGCUGCGGCUACUGACGCUGGUGCUUCUGCCCCCACGGAUAGUGCUGCUGUACCAUCCACGGCGCCGGUUGUGUCCGUCACCAUCCCUGUCAUCCCGCCCAAGCCCCCUCUCGACCCAACCCAAGAGCUCCCAUCCGUACCUGAGAUCCAGGCUCGGCUAUCCGGGCCUGACGGGUCCAUACCAGUGUCAUCGCUCUUCUCCUUCCUGCGACCCCUCAACCCCAUGGCCGCCAGGAAAAGUUCUUCCUCCUCCUCCCGUGCUGCACAUCCAAACUCCAACUCAUCCACAUCCACAGCGCCACCCAGCUUCCUCUACAGCCCACGCGAGCCCCUCAAGUCGGCCCAUCACCACCACUCCUUCUCUGCAGUGAGCACCACCACCACCAGCAGCAGCAGCGGCGGCCUGCUCCCCUCCAGCAACCCUCCACGUGCGCCCGCUGCCUCCACUGCUGCGUCGGAGCCGUCGUUUGGGUUGGGGCGCCUGGCGCGGCCGCUGCACGGCAUGGCGGCCCUCAUGCGCCCCGCCUCCCCCUCCGCCUCUUCCCCCGCACUCGCCCCCUCGCCGUCAGACUCGCCGCAGCACAGCAGCAUGGGGGUGGGACGGGCAGGAACGAGUGCACACACACAGGCACAUGAUGAGGGCUCCACAGGCACAGUGCCACGCACACACCUCACCACCUCCGCCAGUGCACCCAAUGUGGCCGGCAUGCCUGGCAGUGCUGCUGCUGCCUCGGGGCCUGCAGUGCCGCAUGCGCCUCGCCGCGCCAGAGGGCUCAGCUCCAUUGUCAAGGCCUUCGCCUCGCUCUCCACUGCUGCUGCGGGUCCCCUGGGUAAUGUGGGGUCCGGUCAGCAGCACAGUGGGGUGAGCAUGGGUGCUGUGGGCGGUGGUGGUGGUGGUGGAAGAGAGAGUGCGAGGCGUGGAGAGGAUUUGCACAAGGGGCAGCAAGAGAAUGGGGAUUCACUAACUGCUGGGUGGGGGCGCCAUCACACCCUUGUCCGCGUCCCAUCUCCCCCGUUCUCUCUCCCCCCAUCCCUCUCCCCCGGUCUCUCUCCCCCCAUACCUCUCCCCCGGUCUCUCUCCCCCCAUCCCUCUCCCCCGGUCUCUCUCCCCCCAUCCCUCUCCCCCGGUCUCUCUCCCCCCAUCCCUCUCCCCCGGUCUCUCUCCCCCCAUCCCUCUCCCCCGGUCUCUCUCCCCCCAUCCCUCUCCCCCGGUCUCUCUCCCCCCAUCCCUCUCCCCCGGUCUCUCUCCCCCCAUCCCUCUCCCCCGGUCUUUCUCCCCCCAUCCCUCUCCCCCGGUCUCUCUCCCCCCAUCCCUCUCCCCCGGUCUCUCUCCCCCCAUCCCUCUCCCCCGGUCUCUCUCCCCCCAUCCCUAUCCCCCGGUCUCUCUCCCCCCAUCCCUCUCCCCCGGUCUCUCUCCCCCCAUCCCUCUCCCCCGGUCUCUCUCCCCCCAUCCCUCUCCCCCGGUCUCUCUCCCCCCAUCCCUCUCCCCCGGUCUCUCUCCCCCCAUCCCUCUCCCCCGGUCUCUCUCCCCCCAUCCCUCUCCCCGGUCUCUCUCCCCCCAUCCCUCUCCCCCGGUCUCUCUCCCCCCAUCCCUAUCCCCCGGUCUCUCUCCCCCAUCCCUAUCCCCGGUCUCUCUCCCCCAUCCCUCUCCCCCGGUCUCUCUCCCCCCAUCCCUCUCCCCCGGUCUCUCUCCCCCCAUCCCUCUCCCCCAGUCUCUCUCCCCCCAUCCCUCUCCCCCGGUCUCUCUCCCCCCAUCCCUCUCCCCCAGUCUCUCUCCCCCCAUCCCUCUCCCCCGGUCUCUCUCCCCCCAUCCCUCUCCCCCGUUCUCUCUCCCCCCAUCCCUCUCCCCCGUUCUCUCCCCCCCAUCCCUCUCCCCUACUUCAGUCAGCCGCUGAGCCGCCUCCCAGCUGCCAUCAGCUGCGCUACCUCCGUCCCUCCCAGCACCGGCAAGACGUCCACCGUGCUGGCGCCGGCCAUCAGCCGCCUAACAGCGUCCAACCGCCUGCCCCAUCUGCUGCUGUACGGCCCGCCCGGCACGGGCAAGACGUCGACGGUGCUGGCGGUGGCGCGGCAGCUGUACGGGGCGGGGGGCGUGAGGAACAUGUGUCUGGAGCUCAACGCCAGCGACGAGAGGGGCAUCGAUGUGGUGCGCCAGCAGGUGCAGGACUUCGCCUCCACCCAGUCCAUCAGCUUCGGAGCCAAGGCGGCGGUGAAGCUGGUGGUGUUGGACGAGGCGGACGCCAUGACCAAGGACGCGCAGUUCUCCCUGCGCCGCGUGAUAGAGAAGUACACGCGCAGCACGCGCUUUUGUCUCAUCUGCAACCACGUCAGCAAGAUCAUCCCAGCCCUCCAAUCGCGCUGCACACGCUUCCGCUUCGCCCCGCUCUCCUCUGCUGACGUCACUGCCAGGCUCAGACACGUCAUCCAGGAAGAGGGUCUGGACGUCACAGAUGGCGCGCUGUCAGCCGUUGUGACCCUCAGUGCUGGUGACAUGCGCCGCGCUCUCAACAUCUUGCAGUCCACGCACAUGUCAUGCCCAAACACCAUGACAGAGGAGGCGGUGUAUGCCAGCACAGGCAACCCCAUGCCCAAGGACAUUCAGCAGAUGGCGCACUGGCUGCUCAAUGAACCGUUCUGCACCGCACUGCAACGCAUUCUGCGGGUGAAGGAGGUAAAGGGGCUGGCGCUCAUAGACAUUGUGCGCUACCUGCACGGCUUCAUCCUCACAGUGGACAUGCCAGCAGCAGUGCGCAUCGACCUCUUUGAUGCCAUGGCUGACAUCGAGUACCGACUCACCUUUGCCACGAGUGAGAAGGUGCAGCUGGGGGCGCUGGUGGGGGCUUUCACGCAUGCGCGCACCAAGCUUGUGGAGGGCGCCAAAUAA